ACAACUCACAACACAUCAAUUUUCAGAUAAUCUUGAAACAAACAUGGUGUCCAGCGUAGAUCGACCCGAAAUAGCUUUCUUCGACCUGGAAACCACCGUCCCGACCCGACCCGGACAAGGGUUCGCCAUCUUGGAAUUCGGGUCAAUCCUGGUUUGCCCCAGAAAGCUAGUUGAGCUCGAAAGCUACGAAACAUUAGUCAAACCACAUGAUCUCUCACUCAUCUCAACAUUAUCCGUUCGCGCCAACGGAAUCACACCAGACGCCGUCGUUUCGGCGCCGUCUUUCUCCGACAUUGCGGAUAAGGUGUACGACAUUUUACAUGGGAGAAUAUGGGCCGGUCAUAAUAUUGUUAGGUUUGAUUGCGUGAGGUUAAGGGAUGCAUUUGCCCAAAUUAAUAGGCCACCACCGGAGCCCAAAGGAACCAUUGAUUCAUUGGCCUUGUUGACACAGAGGUUUGGUAGGAGAGCUGGUGACAUGAAGAUGGCUAGUUUGGCUAAUUAUUUUGGGCUCGGAAAGCAAUCACACAGGAGCUUAGACGAUGUUCGAAUGAAUCUUGAAGUUCUCAAGUAUUGUGGAACUGUUCUUUUCUUGGAAUCUAGCCUUCCAGAUAUAUUUACAGAGAACAGUUGGAUUUCUCCAAAUGCUACCACAAGAAACCGCAGUAAUGCAAAAUCUGCCACAGAUGGAACCGGCCCGAGCACUAGCCCACCGUCAUCUAGUAGAAACAUCGAACGCCAUAAUUCUCCCCCAACAGGACCAACACAUCCGAUCUUUUCACUAGCGGCGUCUGGCGCUGGAGAACCAGUUCAAAAUGGAGUUGAACCGGGUCAGGCUCAACCCGACCCGUUUGACCUGGGCCAACUUAUAGACAAAAUAGAAAACGAACCCCUUGAAGCAAAUGUAGCAAUGGAGGAAGAAUCAUCUACAGCCACUGCUUCUAACACUAUAACAGAAAGCACUGAAUUUCUUGGUCUUGAUGACGUGUCCAUACCCUCUGUUACUGUAACUACCGUCCCCUUUUUCCGUGGACCCCAAAAGAUGCAAAUACUUCACAGAGACACCCCGUUGCAGAUACGCUGUGAUGCUCUAAAAGUACGGUUUGGAUUAAGCACAAGAUUUGUUGAUCUUGCGGGAAGACCUCGAUUAAGUUUUGUGGUUGACGCAUCACCAAAUCUUUGUGGUGUUCUUGAUUCGUGUGAUGAUAUUGCUAAGAGGUUUGUGGAUUCUGAUAGCAGUUCUGAGUGGAGGCCUGUUGUGAGCAGAAAGCCCGGGUUUUAUAACUCGCCCACCAUCAGAUUGCAAUUACCUACUGUAGCAGAAGGAGACAGUGUUAGAUGGAUCACAGAGAUACACCAGAAAGAAUCAUCAUCGAUACAGCGGGUCGUGUUCAGUAGGUAUGAUGUGGCAGAACUCGAACAGUUGAUUCGUCCAGGUUCCUUUGUGGAUGCUUUCUUUUCUUUAGAUCCGUACGACUAUCAACAGAAUGCUGGGAUUCGUUUAGUGGCCAAGAAACUGAUUGUCGAUUCUAACUGAAGGGUUUUGGUGUGUACCUCGCACUAUUAGCUGACAUCUAGAAUUUAAUCCUUGUUUGGGGCUUGUAAAGGUUGGCAUGUAGGUUUCUUUCUUUGUUGAUGUAGAAGAUAAACAACUAAUUCUAGGGUUUAAAUUAUGCAAUAUGUUAUUAUAUCA